AGACAACAAGCACAAAGUCAUGUACAUGUAACACGUUACGACAGGCAGCAGUGAAUCCCCAUGUAUGUGGUUUAACGAGGCCAAUCGCGUACAAAUCUCCCGCUGUUCUUGAAGAAGUGACCUUUCAAUGACCCCUGCCCUCACUCCUCCACUGUCCGACUGCAGUGGUGUUAUUAGAGCCUCCGUUUGUUAUCGUAAAUAUACACGUGUUACUUACUGCCUGUCGGAUCAGUGGUAAAACGAAUGAGGACGAGGUCCGUGUGGAUACUGUUAUCGCUCUAAUCGUUCCAUACAUACUUGUGUCCUGAGGAUAGUUGGGUACCGUACUGUUUGUAUUUUCAAUGGAAAGGACAACUCGGCUCGGAACACUGACGUGUCUGGUAUAUUACAAUAUGUUUCAACAAAUUCGGUUGGGAUAUCAAGGAUACAAACUUCGAGACUAAUGUUCUUGGAAAUAUUAGUAUUGAUACUAUACUAUCCGCUGUUUGUAUGGACGUAUUCAAACACCAAUGAAAUGUGAAACGCCACUCCAAUAGAAACUUGUAUAGCUAAUGAGGAGCCCAGAAUAUGUCCCAUGGCCCCAAACGGAGUUCCUCUCUAACAAAAUGGAAACCAUGGUGUCGAAUGAAGACUACGACGCUCUACGUGCUGUUCGUGGUGGUUGCUAUGGUGAUGUUUUAUAUGAUGUUAUCUUUGUCCUCAUACAAUCACCAUACAGCGACACCGAAAUAUCGAGCUCACCGCAAAUAUGCGAUACACACCAUGUAUGGAAUCGGCGCCGAAAGUGGAAUGGCACAGGGGUACUUGAACAAAAGUGCUGAGAAUAAUUCGAAUUUUACACAAUUAUCAGUGUGGGUAAACCCUGAUCUGGAUCUUCUACAUAAAGAAAAACCGAAUUUUUUGCCCAAUUUUAAAAAUCCUUGCUGGUAUGAACGUUUAUAUGGAUCGGAUGUCUACAAGAACAAUAAAUAUUUAGUUGUGUCUCGCUCGGCGAGGCGCAAGUCACUAGAUCUAAUUAGUGAAUGGUCAAAACGGUUAUCAGCCACCCCAUACACUGCCCAGCGUUUACGUUGUCUACCAUACUUUCAAGUGAUUGGCCAGCCCAAGUGUGGAAGUACAGAUCUCUUCUGGCGAAUCAUGAGACACAAGGAUGCGUUUGCUCCCCCAAUAAAGGAGCUUCAUUGGUGGAGCAGGAACAGACAAGGCAAGAACGUCAACUUCACAGAUAUCAUUCCAUUCGAGCAAUACACCGACAUGUUUGAUGAGGCGGCGCUACAUAUAGAGGAGUCUCCAGAAACAGAAGAUCAGGACGUAAAAUAUUACAAUAAAAUACUAGGUGAGGCGAGCGUGUCGACAUUCUGGGAAAAUGAUGACUGGUAUCAUUAUCCAGAGAAUAUGUACCACGAAGAGCCAAUCUACACGAACGCCGACUAUGUCAGGAAGCUCCUCCCUAACAGCAAGCUCAUUCUACUUCUGCGUGAUCCUAUAGACAGGUUAUUUUCAGACUAUCUGUAUUUUAAUUUGGGAGAGAAAUCGUCUGAGGCUUUCCAUCAGCGGAUGGUAAACGGUAUAGCGGUAUACAAGAAUUGUACGGAAACUCACAGUAAGCGCUACUGUGUGUACAACAGACAUGUAGCUCUCCAGUCAGCCACCAGACUAAGGGUUGGGCUAUACGUAAUCUACCUUAGAGACUGGCUGAAAGUAUUUCCACGUGAACAGCUGUUGAUUUUACGUCUGGAGGAUUAUUCUAAAGACCUUGCCGGUGUUAUAAAGAAAGUGUUCAACUUCCUGAAAUUGCGCAAACUAACCGAUACAGAAUUUAAUCACGUUAUCCACGUCCCAAUUGCCAAUGGAAGAAAGAAUAAAGACAAACGAGUUGGACAAAUGCUUGACAAGACUAAACAACUGUUACAGGAGUUUUAUGAACCAUACAAUCUAGAACUAGCCGCUCUACUUGGGGACGACAGAUUUCUCUGGUCAUCAGGAGGAAAGUCGGACGAAACGGAGAAGGAGGAUAAUGAAACGGAGGAGGAAGUGGAGGAUAAUGAAACGGAAGAUGAAAUAUCAAAAGCACAUGUGAAAACAAAUUACAAGAGUAAAACUAAAGACGACAGUGACAAAUCACGUGAUCACACUGAUCCAUCACGUGAUGAUACUGACCACGCACGUGAUGAGACUGAUCAAUCGCUUGACGAUAAUGAGCCAGCAGAUGAUGACACUAAUUCGCCAAGGCAUGGGAAACAACAUUCGGCUACAUCCAAGAAAAAUAAUGAUGAACAGGAUGAUCGUAGCGAGAAUAUAAGAUCAACAAAACAGGGAGAGGAGGAGGGUGGCGACAGGAUUGAGGACACUGUCACAUAUAAUCGUGUAAUGUCCGCCAUAAAAAAGGCAAAAUCAAAUUCGGAAUAUUAUUACUCGGGAUACAAAUAAUUUCUGAGUGAUAACAUAAGAAAAGAGCAUGCUGUGAUAUCGCUUCAAGUGGACCAAGCAAUAUUUGUGUGAACUGUUUAUAUGUACUUGUAAUACUUUGUAAGUAACUUAAGGUGCUUUCAAUCCAAUAUGGAUGAAGCGGAAUUGGACCAAUAAUCAUGUCUUCCAUAAUGACAUAACCAAAAUGAUUUUUAUACAAGCUUCUUUUAUAGACACAAUCGUAAGAACUAACAGUACCCCGGCUUUCGAAGCCAUAUUUUUACUUGGGGUAUAAUUUUCGUUAAAACGAUAUUCGCUUUGAUCGUGUAGGAAAGAAUGCGCCGUUGUCAUGUGUCGUGAAUUAGUGAGGAUUUCACGAUUCGGAAGUUGACCUAAUACAGUCAAACUGUGUUUACUAAGCUUACGUGUGUUAGCCACGUGACAGUAGUAUGGUUUGUUGGCGCCAGGUUAAAGACAAUGGAUAGAUGGUAUGUAAAGGAUUUGUGGUCUUUUUUAGUAGUAUGUUUCGAUUAUGGUAGGUAGGAGACAUGUAUGACUUGUUGUCGCCUUGUAAUUACACACAAGUAGAUGCGGGAUCUAAUUAGCGUCUAGUAGAUACAAGACGAUUCACGCAUGCUUUGUUAACACCAGUUAUGUGAAAGACAACAAUUGACCAUACUUGACAAAAUAUGAUUUAAGUGGCGUCUGGUAGUACUCGCAUCAUCAGAUGUACAUGACCCAUAGUCAACAAAAGUCAACAGCCGGAAAGGCUUUGCCAUCCUCUGCUUUCUAGUACUCGCUAGGAAACUAAAACCAUGACAAACAAUUCAAGGUAUUGCAUGCAAUAUACACUUGGCUUCAGUAAUUUGUUUCUUGCCAAUUUAUCGUAUCCAGGCACCUGUUCAUAUUGCCUGAAAACAUUAUCAUAUUUACCUAUGUAUUUAUUUAUUGUUUGUGUUUUUAUCUUCUCACUAGGAUUUUGCACCAUGAUUUUGAUUAUAUUUGCUCAUCGUAUUAAAUUUUGAGGUUGUUUAAAUGAAUGCAUAUUUUAAAGCAUUAUAGUUUUAAUAUGAUUUGCUCAUUAGCCGUAGUGUGGUGUUGAAUAAUGUCCGGUAAUUCUCUAUUUCGUUCCGAAAGAAUGUUCCAAAACGAGAUUGAAAACAUUUUUUUUUUUCUAAAAUAACAAUCAAAUGUGUAUUUUUCAUCAUACACGAUAUUCCAUAUUUAGCUGUUACACGUAAAUUUGUCUUAUUUUACAAAGUAAGUAAUCCAAUUUACUCCAAGAGCGCACUCGCUCCUCUUUUAAUUCGUUUGGAGUUUUAGAAGUAUAAAGUGAAUAUUUAAGUAAGUCCAAAAGGUCAAGAGUUGUCUUUCUUCUCAUUGUGAUAGUAAGUGUUAGGAAAGACAACUCCCAAAACCAGAAGUCUCGAAUGUUCAGGCGUGUAUUAACGAUAUAUUCAUAGGCUAAUAUUUAGUUUUCCGAAACGGCUUGCUUUCAUCUGCUCAAACGUGCAAUGCAUAUGUGAUGACUGCAUUCCUAAGUUGACGUGCACACAUUCGGUUACUAUAUAUAUAUAUAUACCACCGCUUCUAGCUUGGGUCAGUACAACUAGUCACAUGAUAAAAUACAGUAUGUUUUAUUUUACUAAAAUAUGCUAGUUGUAUUGGAUACCAAUUCUGACCAAGUCGCUUGUGGAACGUUCGGAACUCUCCAUCAUUACAUAUAAAUCUAAAGGCAUCCCUCAUGGUUUGUAUUUUUGAUACGUGUGACACUUACAUGAGAAUCUCUUCCCGCCUUGUCAUUAGACUGUUUUUAUUUCACGUCGAUACGUUUUAGUAUCCAUGUUUGUUUUUUAAGGUGAUGGUCUAUGUUUUGUUGAUAAUAAUGUGCAAUUAAAGGUAACGUUCAGACAUCUUGCAAUAUUUUACGAAAAAAUGCAUAUAUGCUUUACUUUUAUUAGAUGUCAAAGCGUUUGAAUACGUUGACAGUACGUCAUCAACAGGAAGUAAAUACUAACAUAGGACAUAGUCCAAACUCACGAGCUUUAUACCUUUUUGAAUAGUCCAAACUCACGAGCUUUAUACCUUUUUGAAUAGUCCAAACUCACGAGCUUUAUACCUUUUUGGAACACCAGCUGACUGAUACACCGAAUGAUAAGUAAUUCGUUUGAGUUCUAAUAAUACUACUGUGGUUACAAUGUUAAUUAAAUAUUUCUGUUUUACACCUGUCAGGUAUUUUAAGAAAUAUCUUUUAUGCAGAAUGUGAAAUGUUUCAAUGAAAACCCCGGUGUAGAGCUACAUUACACUAUACUAUGAGCCUCCAUGGAAAAAUAUUCUGAAAUACUCAUUGGACAUUUUAGAAUAUUUCCAUUAUUUGAAAAAUGUGUUACGAUGUAUGUCAAUAAAUCGUGGUCUACCUAA